AUAUUUCUCCUUUGUGACGUCCCUUAUCUUCUACUCCAAUUUUAGAUCUACAGAAUAAGCAAAAGCUUUCAAAAACUCUCCUCUUUACAAAAAUGGUUGACUAUGAUAGAGCAAAAGAGCUCAAGGCCUUCGAUGACACAAAGGCCGGUGUAAAAGGGUUAGUCGACGCAGGGAUAGUUCAUAUCCCUGAGUUCUUCAUUACACCGGCCGCAGAAAAUGAGUUUAGUGCUAAGAAUCUUGAUUCAUGCUCAGACGUAAACAUUCAAAUCCCAGUUAUAGAUCUUACGGACAUAAAUGAAGACAAUUUUCGACGUAGGAAAAUUGUUGAAAAAAUUGGAGAAGCAUGUGAGACUUGGGGAUUUUUUCAAGUUGCCAACCAUGGUGUGCCACAACAUGUUAUGGAUGAGAUGAUUCAAGGAGUUCGAAGUUUCAAUGAACAACCAAAUGAGAUAAAGAUGGAGUUUUACUCAAGGGAUAAUUUGAAGAAGGUGAAGUUUAAUAGUAACUUUGAUCUUUAUCAGUCUAAGGCUGCAAAUUGGAGGGAUACACUAGCUUGUGUCAUGGCUCCUAAUCCUCCUAGUAGUGAUGAAUUACCAGAAGCAUGCAGGGAGGAAUUACUUCAAUAUUCUGAGCAUAUUAGAAGGUUGGGCCAUACAAUAUUUGAGUUACUGGCAGAGGCACUUGGGCUAAAGCCCAAUCACUUGUUGGACAUGGAGUGUGCAAAAGGCCAUUUCAUUCUGAGUCAUUAUUAUCCACCUUGUCCUGAGCCAAGCAAGACUCUUGGAAUUACAAAGCAUACGGACCCAGAUUUCUUCACUAUUCUUCUACAAGACCAAAUUGGUGGGCUUCAAAUUUAUCACCAAAAUCAAUGGAUUGAUAUUCAUCCAGUGACUGGAGCCCUAGUUAUCAAUCUUGGUGACCUUUUGCAGGUAAGUAUAAUCUAAAACAAAUUAGAUAUCUUUACAAAAAUAGCUGGCCAGAAUUGUUGUUCACUUUUCCUAGUUGAUAUACAUUAAUUAUACACAAUUAUAUAGAUAUUAUACAUGAAUAUCACAUAUAUUAUACAUCUGCCUGCUAUUUUUAAUUUAAGCAAUUGGGUGGAUAGAUAUUUAGGUUUCUAAAAUAGAUAACGUGUCUAGUCACUAAUGACACCGAUUCGAGGCGGAUAGUCACUAGUGACACUGAUGACAUGCGGAUCUAGAGUGGUAGGAUGAGUUUUAUUGGAAAAAUCAUU